AUGUCUUUGAACAAAGUGUGCUCGAAGUGCUUAGGACUGAAAACUAUUAGAGACGUUAAAGUUUUAAAUGGGUUCUUUAACAGGAGAAACCAUUUCGUUUAUUCGCCGGACAACAAUUCGCCGGUUAAAGGCGAAACGACGAAAAUGAACAUGUUCCAAUCGAUCAACAACGCCCUAGACAUAGCCCUGAAAUCGGACGAUUCCACCCUGGUGUUCGGCGAGGACAUCGGCUUCGGCGGCGUCUUCAGGUGCACGGUGGGCCUAAGGGACAAAUACGGCAAAGAAAGGGUCUUCAACACGCCCUUAUGCGAACAGGGCAUCGCCGGUUUCGCGAUCGGAGCCGCCGUGAUGGGUUCCACGGCGAUCGCCGAGAUACAAUUCGCCGAUUACAUUUUCCCCGCCUUCGAUCAGAUAGUGAACGAAGCGGCUAAAUACAGAUACCGAUCGGGCGGUAUGUUCGAUUGCGGCAAACUCACCAUCAGAGCCCCGUGCGGGGCUGUAGGACACGGGGCUUUGUACCAUUCCCAAAGUCCCGAGGCUUAUUUCGCCCAUACGCCAGGUUUAAAAGUGGUGAUUCCCAGAGGUCCCAUCAAAGCCAAAGGCCUCUUACUCAGCUGCGCCAGAGAUCCGGAUCCCUGCCUGGUGCUCGAGCCGAAAAUUUUGUACAGAGCCGCGGUUGAAGAGGUGCCUGUGGAGGAUUACGAAUUGCCCAUCGGUAAAGCGGAUGUUGUGCUCGAAGGAAACGACAUCACGCUAGUAGGUUGGGGUACGCAAGUGCACGUGCUGUUAGAGGUGGCUCAAAUGGUUAGAGAAAAAUUCCAGGUCUCCUGCGAAGUCAUCGAUCUCGUGUCGAUCUUACCCUGGGAUAUGGACACUGUAGUUAAAUCGGUGAAAAAGACGAAACGUUGUUUAAUAUCGCACGAAGCGCCUCUAACGGGUGGUUUCGGAGCCGAAAUAGCUGCCACAAUACAGGAGGAGUGUUUCCUGCAUCUUGAGGCGCCCAUACAACGUGUCACGGGUUUCGACACGCCGUUUCCGCACGUUUUCGAGCCCUUCUAUCUGCCGGACAAAUGGAGAUGCUUCGCCGCCGCGGAGAAACUUAUAAAUUAUUGA